UAUAGAUCUUGACCGUUGAUCCCAUGUGGCGGCGCAUUAUCCAUUAACCGAAACCAGUGGUUGUAGAGAGUAAAGGUAUGUAAGGCAGAAAGAAGAGUGAUGAUGCGAUGGCGAUGAGCUGAACAGAACAAAACAUGUUGAUGGCACUAACUGUCACAAUAAACAAGUAUGCUUCUUCCAACCUUCAAGCACUUCAUAAGACACACCAACGAAAGCCACCAUCAACGUUAACCACCAUUACCAACAACGUUCAACUUGGAAGGAGAAGCCUGAUCUUAUCCACUUUAAUCGCCACCACCCAAGUUCCCGAAUCUAGGACCCAGCUACUUCAAAAAUAUCUCAAGAAAUCAGAGGAAAACAAGGAUAAAAAUGACAAAGAGAGAUUGGAGAGUUAUUACAAGCGAAACUACAAGGAUUACUUCGAUUUGAUGGAAGGAACUUUGAGGGCAAAGAAUGAUGAGCAGCUUUCGGAUACAGAAAAGGGGCUAACAGAUAUUAUUGGUGGACUAAGGCCUAAAAGUCACCCUCAAUUACUUGAAAAUCCAAAGUGACUCAACUACCGAAUGAUAUGCUACUGUUUAGGUUCACCAGUUACCAUAUUAAAAGUCAAAAUUCAACAUCAUUCUUAGUUCACAAUUUGGGUGCUGAUUGAUGCUGUGAGAACUUGCAUAUUAAAAUUGUGGCAUGUUUAUGAUCAUCAUGAUGAUCCAACAAUGAAAAUAACUAAAGUGAAAAUGUAUAGAACAGCAAAAGAGUCAUACAGUGAAAUCUACCUUUAUACAGGCUAGUAAAUAUAAUCCACUGGUGACUAAUUUCCAAAAUACUUAACCAACUCUAAUAGUGCUUAUCCUGCCCAUGAUUUUGGAACAGUUUGGCACAUCCCCUGUUAUGCUCUGGAGUCAACUUCAUUUAUAAAUUUCA